AAGCCAAUCACUGGCAGCAUGGAACGAGCCUAGCCGUGUGCUUGACGCCUCCAGCGAUCUUGAGAUGGCGCAGAGUCACGCCCUCUCAUGCCGUCGUCUUUGCCGACGUUUUUUGCCAUCAUUUUGCCAGACUGGUAGCUUUUUGCCGUCGUUUCGUUCGUAUGGUGCCGCUGGGUGUAACGCCUGUCAACCUAGCCUUACGUGCAGUUAUAGUUUCUCACUCGUAGCGAGCCGUUAGCGAUGUCGAAGCGGAAGCGUCCUGUACUCGUUAUAGACCCGGAGGAUCUGUCCGACGGUAGAUCUGAGUCCGAUUCGAUACCGGGUGACACGUCAAACACAGCCAUUCCUUCGCGCGAUGACGACGCAAGCGACACAUCAUCAGGCGAAUCUCUCCCGCAGCCGUUCCAGCGACGGAAGGGCGACGGUUUGCGGGAAGCUGACGGCCGUCAUAAUGGAGAAAUUGGUGCCAGUAUGCGCGAAGUGAACGGCCGUCUGAAAGGAGAAAGCGGAGACGGACGGCCGGCGAAUGACAUUAGGGUCGAGAGGAAGAAGUUUGGCUAUGUGACGGAACGGAUUGAGGGACAAGGAGGGCCCUUCAUGGCGGUUCAGGCAGCAGGAGAAGAAUCCACGACGCCACCUGUGGAAAUGGACGAUCUGGAUGCAAUCGCAGCGGCCAUUCCCUGCGACACGCUCGCAGCCGUGCUCUUCCUCCGCUCCUCCUUCCCUGCAUCAAUCUCCAAGGUUGCCUCGUCACUCCCUCCCUUCGCCCUGCUCUCCCAAAUCUACACCGUGGUACCGCACCGAACCACUGUGGACCGGCAAAUCGAGGCGCGCUGCAGAUGCUGCAGAAGAGUGCAUCAGUCCGAGUGAUCCGCCUCAUGUCAUCGCGAUCCGACUUUGCGGUGCUGCUGUCUGAAGACUAUAGUCAAGCGGUAGAGACAGCAAAGGAGCAGUUUCUCCAGCGCAAGCCUAGUGAUGCUGGUCCCCUGCUGCAGCACAGGACUGGGACUGGCACAAAGCGCAGUGCCAGGAGUGAGAGCAGCAGGCACAAGUACGGCAAGAGUGAAAGUGGCAGCAGCCAGGUGGCAGUGUUCGAUUGGUUCAGGGAUCGAGUGCUUCCAGGGUGCUCUGACCAUGGCAUAUCUCGGCAGCAGCUGGAGAAAAUUUUAUCAAAUGGUGGCAAGUCUCCCAUCACUGACACACACAUCUGCAUUCUUGUACAAGCAGGCUUGCUGAUAGCACAGGUGGCGCGUUCUGAUUUGUUCUGGUUCUCGCUUCCUAACAUUGGCUCAUUCACCCACCACCUCUCUAAGGGACGGUCUGAGGUCGUCGGUAUGUUACAGCGAAGCAGGUUUGGUGAGUUGCUAAGAUCGAAACUGGAGGCCCGAAAGAAACGCACAGCUGUGAUUCCUAUUCCUUUUAUUCUUAGGGACCUCGUGGGCCAAGGCCGGGUUACUAAAGUUGAUAGCACUGUAGGUGAAGUGUUGAGGCUCUGCAGUUGGAAAAGAUACAAUCAUUGAAAGCUUUUUGGAUCUCUCAUAUGAAAUCAAGGAUGAAACCAUCU